AAGAAGAAGAUGCAGCAGCAGCAGUUUGUCACGUGCUCGUCAUAAACAAUUCGCGAGGCAAACGUCGAUGGGAUUUUAACCUGUUUUUGAUCAUCUGUGGAGAGUGCAUUGAUUGACAGUGGCAAAGUGACGUCGAGCAGGGAAAUGUCCAGCACAGCCAUGAAAAAAAAGGUUCUGUUGAUGGGUAAAAGUGGAUCAGGAAAGACCAGCAUGCGAUCAAUCAUAUUUGCCAAUUAUAUCGCCAGAGACACUCGCCGCCUAGGAGCCACAAUUGAUGUGGAGCACUCUCACGUGCGAUUUUUGGGAAAUCUGGUGCUUAACCUCUGGGACUGUGGUGGUCAGGAUACUUUCAUGGAAAACUACUUCACAAGUCAGAGAGACAACAUCUUUCGGAAUGUAGAGGUGUUGAUCUAUGUGUUUGAUGUGGAGAGCCGAGAGUUAGAGAAAGAUAUGCAUUACUACCAGUCUUGUCUGGAAGCCAUACUGCAGAAUUCACCUGAUGCCAAGAUCUUCUGUCUGGUACACAAGAUGGACCUGGUUCAGGAGGAUCAGAGAGAUUUGAUAUUUAAAGAGCGCGAGGAGGAUCUGAAAAGAUUGUCUCGUCCGCUGUCGUGCACCUGCUUUAGAACAUCUAUUUGGGAUGAGACAUUAUAUAAAGCAUGGUCCAGUAUUGUCUAUCAGCUCAUUCCUAAUGUACAGCAGCUUGAGUGCAACCUCCGCAACUUUGCUCAGAUAAUUGAGGCAGAUGAAGUCUUACUUUUUGAAAGAGCUACAUUCCUGGUGAUCUCUCAUUAUCAGUGCAAGGAACAACGAGAUGCUCAUCGCUUCGAGAAGAUCAGUAACAUCAUAAAGCAGUUCAAACUAAGCUGCAGUAAGCUGGCUGCCUCUUUCCAGAGCAUGGAAGUACGAAACUCAAACUUUGCUGCAUUUAUUGAUGUUUUCACAUCCAACACUUACGUCAUGGUGAUCAUGUCAGACCCAUCUAUACCAUCUGCUGCCACUCUUAUCAACAUCCGGAAUGCCAGGAGACAUUUUGAGAAGCUUGAGCGUGAUGGACCGAAACACAGUCUACACAUGCGUAUGCGCUAAACCUGUAACACUGAA